AGCAAGACCCUUUAUCACAGUUUCCUGCUUCAGGCUUUGACCAAACAGUACAUAAUCACCACCCUUUGCUUAAAGUUUCAAGGUCCUUUCGCCAUUCUACGACGAUCUUUACAGUCAACAUGUGGUUUUCAUUACUGUUGGGUUUAUUUGUAGCAGUUGCUUCAGCAGUAGACGAGAGUUGCGAUGUGUCGAAAUACGUAGAAUGUAUGGAGCCGAUGCACAAUGCUACUGUGGGCCACCCCCAUGGUUUAUUUCAGGAUGAAGAGGAUCUGGCAACAAGCUGUCCAAUUAUCAAGAACGGCAUAAAGUGCAUUAAAGACUUCGUUGCAAAAUGCGGCAGUGACAUGAUUGCGGAAAAUUACCAGGAUCAGUUCGAGAAACCUGCUGAGUUGCUGACAAAAAUAUGUGAUUAUCAGUCAACGCUACGAAAAGAAUAUUUGAAAAUUUCGCCGUGCUUAUUGGAAAAUAAUGACGACUUUGAAAUAUGUUCAGUAAAAGUUCAGGAGUUUUUGGGAUACCAUGAAGCCAAUACAGUUGAAAAGGAACUCACCAUGACAUGCAUGUACGAACUAAUGCUAAGGGCUUGUUUGAUGAGUACUGGAGCUGAGAAGUGUGGAAUGGAAGCGGCUAGCUUGAUCCGUCAUGUGUUGCUCUACUCACCGUCUUUGGGCAUGGAAACGUGCUCAAGAACCACUGCUUAGCAAAGAAGGUAUUGAUAAUAUCGAUUCAGUCGAUAUGAUGUUCGUCAAAGCCAAUGGUUAACGAAGGCUACAGCUAUUUGAUUUCUGUAAAAUGAUGUGACUUUUAUAUGAGAAA